AAAUCUUCCUCCAGGUCCCAAACCAUGGCCUAUCAUUGGCAACCUUAACCUGAUUGGUCCCCUCCCUCACCAAUCCCUCCACAAACUAUCCCAACAAUAUGGACCCUUAAUGCAACUCAAGUUCGGAUCCUUCCCCGUUGUCAUUGCAUCAUCUCCUGACAUGGCUAAGCUCUUCUUGAAGACAUUUGAUAAUUUCUUUGCCUCUAGACCACGGACGGCCGCAGGCAAGUACACAACUUACAACUAUUCCAACAUCACUUGGUCACCAUACGGUCCACACUGGCGCCAAGGUCGCAAAAUUUAUCUCAACCACAUCUUCAGUUCACGAAUGCUGGAGUCCUUCGAGUACAUCCGUGUUGAGGAAAUGCGGUUUUUCGUCUCACGGCUAAAUGCCUUAUCAGGAAAACCUGUCGUGCUUAGGGAGCAGCUCUCUCGGGUUACUCUGAGCAUCAUUAGCCGAAUGGUGUUGGGGAAGAAAUACUUUAGCGAGUCUGAGCAUGAGAUUGGAUCCAAUAUUGUAACGCUCGAAGAGUUUCAGGAGAUGCUGGAUGAGUUGUUCUUUCUUAAUGGAGUGCUCAACAUAGGUGAUUGGAUUCCCUGGCUAGAUUUCUUGGACUUACAGGGUUAUGUGAAGCGAAUGAAGGCUUUAAAGAAGAAAUUCGAUCGGUUUCAUCGCUAUGUCAUUGAGGAUCACAAUAGUAGGAGGAGAGACACAAAUUUCGUGCCUCAAGACAUGAUGGAUUUACUAUUGCAGCUCACAGAUGAUGAUUCUGUCGACGUUCAGCUCAAUUAUGACGGUGUCAAGGGGUUCAUUCAGGAUCUAAUUGCGGGAGGCACAGAUACUUCAGCAACAACUGUAGAAUGGGCGAUGUCAGAACUCUUGAAACAGCCAGAGUUAAUUAAGAAGGCAACUGAAGAGCUAGACAGGGUCAUUGGGAGGGAAAGAUGGGUGCAAGAGAAGGACAUCCCACAACUUCCAUAUAUAGAGGCAAUUAUGAAGGAAACAAUGAGAAAACACCCUGUUGCUGUCCUGCUGGCACCGCAUCUGGCCCUGGAAGAUUGUGUAGUUGGGGGUUUUGACAUCCCUAAAGGGACUGUAGUUUUUAUAAACGCCUGGAGCAUGGGAAGAAACCCUGACGUUUGGGACGCCCCAGAAGAUUUCCGUCCGGAGAGGUUCUUGCAGGGGAAGGCCAUUGAUGUGAAAGGGCAGAACUUUGAGCUGCUGCCUUUUGGGUCCGGGAGGCGGAUGUGUCCCGGAUACAGCCUGGGACUGAAGAUGAUAUCUUCAAUGAUUGCAAAUUUGUUGCAGGGAUUCAACUGGAAAUUGCCUGAGAAUAUCAAAGAAGAGGAGUUGAGCAUGGAGGAAGUUUAUGGAUUGGCUACACCACGAAAGUUUCCUGUUGUUGCCGUUCUCGAGCCUCGUCUCCCACUUCAUCUGUAUUAGUACUUUGAUUGAUCAUAUGAAUUAAUAUAUGUAACUGCAUACUCUGUUUGCUGAUGCUAAAU